AUGGAACUCAUUUUCUCUUCGGUUCAUCCUGAUUGGACAGGAAAGGAGGCGACUGACCAAUACUGCCAGGCUCCACUAGGAGAGAUCAAAGCAGCCGCUGGAAAACCCACCGAUUUGGCAAAGGUUACGAGCAGCUGGCAUCCUGAUUCCUUGCCAAUCAGCCUGGAACACGCCAUUGCUGCCUGUCCAGAAACCUGGAACAAAAGACUACUGACUGAUAUUCUAAAGCCAUUCCAACUGUUUGUACAUGAAGUCAGGGGAAUAGCAAAAGGGGUGCUAACUCAGACUUUAGGGCCAUGGAAACGCCUGGUGGCAUAUCUAUCUAAAAGACUGGACUAUGUUGUGGCUGGAUGGCCAAACUGCCUCCAAGCCAUCGCUGCCACAGCAAUCCUGGUUAAGGAAGCAGAUAAGCUUACUUUGGAGCAAGAUUUACAGGUGGUAGCCCCACAUGCUAUGGAAACCUUACUUUGGAGCCCUCCAGGGUGCUUGCUCUCCAAUGCUACUACCACCCAAUACCAGGCCCUUCUUCUAGACCAGCCCAGAAUAAAAUUCUUAAAAACCUCAGCUUUAAACCCAGCCACUCUUCUUCCUGAUGAUGAUCCCUCCAAACUGCUGCACAAUUGCCAGGAAAUCUUGGGGUCACUCCAGAAUGACCAGCUGGAGCUGAUGGACACACCCUGGCCAGACCCAGGCAAGACACUCUACACUGAUGGCAGCAGUUAUGUCCAAAAUGGAAUCAGGUAUGUGGGCAUGGCUAUAGUUACUUUAAAUAAAAUUAUCUGGGCUCAAGCUCUGGGACAUGGAACUUCUGCACAAAAAGCAGAACUAAUUGCACUGACCCAGGCUCUCAGGUAUGGCAAAGGAAAGACUGUUAAUAUCUAUACUGACAGUAGGCAUGCCUUUGCUACUCUUCUUGUACGUGGAGCUCUCUAUAAGGAGAGAGGACUAUUAACUUUGGGAGGAAAAGAUAUCAAACAUGCAGAAGAAAUUCUGGCUUUGUUAAAAGCCCUCUGGUUGUCAGAGAAAGUGGCUGUUAUACACUGCACAGGCCACCAGAACACAGAGACACCAGAAGCAAGAGGAAACACCUUUGCUGACAAAACAGCCAAAGAGAUGGCUUUAAAACCUGUAGAGACUUUACAGAUUUUGCCUGUGUUGCCUAACGGUGUUCUAUCCACUUCCCCCAUGUAUGUGGAACAAGAGAAAAUUCUAGGAAAAAUCUUAAAAACAACUGAGGAUCAAAACGGAUGGAAGAUUCUACUGGACAAAAGAAUCCUGAAGCCAAAGACAUUGGGGAAAUUGUUAAUUAAGCAAGUACAUCAAGGAACCCAUAUGGGUAGUACAAAAAUGGCUGAAUUGUUACAAAAAGACUUUUACAUUCCAAAGUUAACUCAAUUAACAAGACAAGUUUCUUCCAGGUGCCAGACAUGUGCUCAAGUAAAUCCUAACCCAAAGGAUGUACCCAGCUCAGGAUAUGGUGGUGGUCGUGGCAACGUGGGGAUUAAACAAGGCCGCCAAGGCGGCCGCCGCCUGCCGACCCCUGCUUGUCGGACCCUAGAAACUGGGAAGUUGAGAGCUAUGGCUCUACCGCUGCUGCCCGGCAACAGCUUCAAACGCGAUGUGGGAAAGGAGAAGUUCCAUAAAUCCCAACAUUGGGGCUUUUGCAACAAUGUAAGGAUGCUAGUAAGUGAUGAGAAACCUGGAAUAGGUGGAGUACCACUUAUUGGGCAAAAGAUAAAGCCUAAAUAUGGCGCAUAUCCUAAAGGAGAAGGAAUUGAUGUGCCAUCCUGGGUAGCUUUUGAUAAACAGGUAUUAUCUUUUGAUGCCUAUGUGGAAGAUGAAGUGCCUGAUAAAAACCAAGAAAACUAUAGAAUAAGAUACUAUAAAAUCUACUUCUACCUUGAAGAUGACACAAUUCAAGUGAAUGAACCAGAGGUGAAAAAUAGUGGACUGCCUCAAGGGACUUUUAUCCGCCGUCAUCGGAUUUCUCUCCCACCCCCUGAUGAUGAUCAGUUUUAUACUGUAUAUCAUUUCAAUAUCAACACAGAUGUUGUCUUCUAUGGCCGGACAUUCAAGAUUUAUGAAUGUGAUGCAUUCACAAAAAACUUUUUGAAGAAAAUAGGAGUGAAAUUAAAUCCCCCUGGACAUUGUCCAGAAGAUCCUUAUAUGAAGGUGCGGAGAGAGAAACUAGACUGUAUAGAUCCCUUUCGUCCUUAUGAGUCCUUUGACACUCUGAAACAGUUCCUCCAAUAUGAUGGGAAGGUUUUGCGAUUCUUUUGCCUAUGGGAUGACUCAGACUCGUUGUUUGGGGACCGGAGAGAACUCGUCCUGCAUUACUUCUUGUCUGACGAUACUGUGGAAAUCAAAGAAGUGAUACCACACAACUCAGGCCGAGAUGCUGUGUCAUGGUUCCUCCGGAGGAGUAAGCUACCCAAGCAUGGCCCACCUGGGAUCUAUCAACCAGGCCAGAUAACAGACCGAGCAGUUCUCAAUGUGUAUGGUGGCUUCACAGAUAAGCGAGUGGAUGGCUACCUGUUAGAUAAAUACAAGCUAGGAAAACUAGACCAAGAGUAUUACAAAGAUAGUGACCUGACUGUAGGAACCUACAUCAAUGUGUGGGGAAGGAAAGUGCUCCUCUGCGACUGUGAUGAAUUUACAAAGUCUUAUUUUAAGGCUAAAUAUGGAGUUGAGAACUUUACCUCCAUUUCGUGCAAGGCUCCUCCUCUUCCAAAAAUAGAAAGGAAAUUUCCACCUUACACGGGCUUUGGGUCUGAAGAGGAUUCUCUCCGUUCCUGCAUAGGCCUUGUGCCCACACCUCACCAGAGGAACUUCAAGAAAUUCAUGGAAGAAGACAGCUAUGGCAAUGUAAGCAAUAUACUCCGGUUUUUUGCAAAACUAAUCACAGACAAAUGUGCUGAUGUGGACAGGAUGUUUGUUAUUUCAUAUUUUCUCAGCGAUGAUACACUUUCAGUGUUUGAACCUAUAGAGAGGAAUUCAGGGCUCACUGGUGGAAUGUUUUUGAAAAGAAUUCGUGUUAAGAGGCCUGGACAAGAAAUCUUUAAAAGUGAACUAUCAGAAUAUAUCAAGUCUGAGGAGCUGUAUGUUGGAGCCAAACUGAACGUGAAUGGCUACCUAUUUCUUUUGCUCAACGCUGAUGAGUACACCUUAAACUACAUGGAGAAUAAUACAAACAGGUUUCCAUUUAGCAGCAUCGAAUUUGCCCUACAAAAGCUGAAAGACUUAGAAUCGAAAUCAAAAGAUAUCAAGCAGGUAUUUGCAACUGCUGACCCUAGACACACAAAGGUUUUGGAUUAUAAUACAUUCAGAGAUUUAUUGAUGAAUGUAACAUCUGGGAGGCUUAUAGACCAGGAGGUUAUCACCAUUGCACGCCACUACCGUGUGCCUGAGGACAUGAGUACAGAUGUGAAUAUCUUAAUUGCACAGGCCCAUGAAAAGCUCAAGAAAAAUAUAUUUGAAAAUUUUGACAGACUCAUUUUUAACUGUGUGUAUGAAGAUCGAGAAAAAAAACAUGUAUUACCCACCAAAGACAUCCAAAGGCUGUGCAAGUCCUCCAGGUUACCUUUGAGUGAUGAUCUUCUAAGAAACUUACUAUCCAGGUUUGAAGAUAGUGAACAUCAAAUAAAUUAUGAGUCAUUUUUCUCUGCCCUGAACUGGAGAAUGAAUCCAAUGCCUGAACUGUCGGCCCCAUCAUACCUUAAAGAGAAAUGUGAAGAUGUUUGGCUCGGAAUGCCAUCACCUAUUCCUGUGAAAUUCAUUAGAUACUUAGACCUUUUGAGGGAUGUGUUUGGCUUAGAGGAGGAGGAACCAUGA